AUGGCAUCGAUCCGCCCUCGCUCCCUACCUUUCCGGGCCCUGUGUACACCCAGGACAACCUCAAGGUCCUGCCGACUCCCGAUCCCUCGAUCUUCAACCGCACCCCAAAAACAACAAUUCAUCCGCAACCACUCCACAUCCUCCGUCUCCGCAGAUGAAGUCUCCCAUUUCUCCAGUCUCGCCAGCGAAUGGUGGGACCCGAUGGGCCACUCUAGAGUCCUACACCUGAUGAACCCCCUCCGCCACGAGUUCAUCGCCUCAUGUCUUGCAGAAGGACCCCCACCCUCCGAUACCCAUGCACCCGGCAGCAAUCCCGCAAAUCUGCACUACCUUGACAUCGGCUGCGGAGGUGGUAUUUUCGCCGAGUCACUGGCUCGUACUAUCCCCCUCGAUCCUUCCGCAACAGCACCAACACCCACCCGCGCCGCAUCAAUGACAGCCAUCGACCCCACAACGGCCCUGAUUCAGAUCGCGAAGAACCAUGCCCGGAAGGAUCCAACUGUGGACUCGCAUUUGCGUAGCGGGAAGUUCCGCUACCUGAAUACUACUCUGGAAGACGUGCUUGCUUCCAAAUCUGAAUCUGUCUCUGGAUCCACGUCUGCAUCAUCCGUCACACACCCGCAGUUUGAUGUCGUUUCACUGUUCGAGGUCAUUGAGCAUAUUGAUUUUAAGACUACGACUCCUGAGGCAUUCCUUGCUAAUUGUCUUCGUGCGGUCAAGCCUGGCGGGUGGUUGGUUGGAUCUACUAUCGCGAGGACGUUUCCGUCUUUUAUUUUGAAUCAGGUUAUUGCUGAGGCGCCUUGGCCGAUUGGUGUUGUGCCUCGUGGUACGCAUGAGUGGAAUAAAUUUGUGAACCCGAAUGAGUUGCAUGCUUGGUCGCAGGAGGCGUUGAUGCGUGCUGCUGAUACGGCUGUGACUCGUGCGGGCGCUGCGGCUUUGGAGGGUACAAUGUGGAAGUGUGUAGGUACUAUCUAUGUGCCUGGGCUGGGAUGGAAGAUUGUUCCUGGAUCUGAGGAUUGGGGGAAUUAUUUCUGGGCUAUUAAGAGGGGUGUUUAG